AUGCCCAGAAUUUAUAAGAAGAAAAAGAAAAAUGCUUAUGAUCCCCAGAAGGUGGCAGAUGCAUUAAAAGCUGUGCAAAAUGGGGAAUCUAUCAGAGAAGCAGAGCGGAUAUAUGGAGUGCCCAAAUCAACUUUGUCAGAUACCUUAAAGAAAAAGUAUGCAAGUCCAGGAAAACCCGGUCGCACUCAGCGUAUCCCCAAGGACAUAGAAAACAAAAUUGCUACAGCCGUAUCAGAAGCUGCAAGACAAGGUAUGGGUAUAUCAAGAAAACAACUGCUGGGAAGAGUUGGUGAACUCAGUAAAAAGAUUAAAGUUACCUUCAAAAAUGGGACACCAGGAAAGGACUGGUUCGAUGGUUUUCGUAGGCGCCACCCAGAACUGUCAAUUCGAAAACCAGAAAAGCUAGCAACAACACGAGCUAGGAUGUCAAACCCAGAAAUUAUUGGAAAGUACUUCGAUGACCUGCAAUGUUUGCUACAUAAUUUGGACAUUGUAAACAGCCCUGCAGUAAUCUGGAAUUGUGAUGAGACAGGCAAACAAUUCGAACAUGAUCCUGUCAAGGUACUAGCACUCAAAGGUGCCAGGAAUGUUGUUGGUCGUACUACAUCUAAUCGAACCAAUGUCACUAUCAUGGCCUGUGUGAACGCACUCGGAAUAUCCAUGCCACCCAUGUUUGUUGUAAAAGGAAAGACCUCGAAGUCUUUACAUGGAUUCAACACAGAGCAGAGUCCCAUAGGCAGCAUGUGGAGUUUCCAGGACAAAGGAUGGAUGACAGACGCGUUAGGUGAAAUUUGGUUUAGAGAUAUAUUCCUUAAGCAUUGCGGCUCUGCCAGACCCCAGCUGUUGAUACUGGAUGGGCACUCAUCGCAUGAGACGCUCGCAAUUUUGGAAAUUGCCAUACAGGAAAAUAUUCAUAUUCUAAGCCUACCUCCACACACAACCCACGUGCUUCAACCUCUGGAUAGAGCAGUAUUUGGGCCCUUAAACACGGCGUAUAAUACAGUAUGCUCAGAUUAUCUCGCGCAAAACUCACUGAAUGCUGUCAAUAAAUGGACAUUUCCUGGAAUAUUCCGGAAAGCAUGGGACGCUGCCCUCACUGUUUCCAAUAUUACUGCAGGUUUUCGGGCGUGUGGAAUUUUCCCUUUUGAUCCAUCAGCAGUUCCAAGUGAAAUGAUGUCUCCAUCUCGUCCGACAGAUGUGCAGCUCACACCAACAGGAAACGAUACCAAUCCGCCUGAACCAACCAAUCUUGCAAUUGCACCACGAACCCCUCUUGAAAGCCGUUCUGUCAGCGAUGCGAAUUCUCAACCUCCAACGAUUGAGGAUCCAUCCUUACUUCUAGAUCUUAUCAGUUCAGGUCAGUGCGAGAUAUUUUCACCUGACAGUAGUGGAGUAGCAACUAUCCCCAACGCAAUGGAAACAGCUUCUGUAGAUAACGCAUGGAGUGAAGAAAUAAACACAUUGUUUCUUCCACCAAAGAUCAUCAGCUCUGUACAAAACGCAUCCAAUUCUUUAGUUACAUCAAGGAAAACUGGACACAGGCUCCUGACUAGUGCAGAAAUAGUCGAAGAGAAGAGAUUGGUCGCGUUGAAGAAACAAGAAAAAGAAAAUAAAAAGCUAGAACGAGCAUUGAAGAGUAAAAAACCAAAAUAA